UUACCGCUCCCCGUCCUCGCCUUCCUCGUCCCCGCCGCCGCAGGGAGCCCGGAGAGGGCUCGCCCCGCCGUACACAGCCAUGUCCAAGCCGCCGCCGCCGAAACCGGCCAAGCCAGGGCAGGUUAAAGUGUUCAGAGCCCUAUAUACGUUUGAACCCAGAACGCCAGAUGAACUGUACUUUGAAGAAGGAGAUAUCAUUUACAUCUCAGACAUGAGUGAUACAAACUGGUGGAAAGGAACUUGCAAAGGGAGAACUGGACUAAUUCCAAGCAACUAUGUGGCCGAACAAGCUGAAUCUAUUGAUAAUCCAUUGCAUGAAGCUGCCAAGCGAGGCAAUCUAAGCUGGCUGAGAGAAUGUUUGGAUAACCGAGUUGGGGUCAAUGGCUUAGACAAAGCUGGAAACACAGCUCUAUACUGGGCAUGCCAUGGAGGCCACAAAGAUAUAGUGGAUGUUCUGUUUACCCAAGCAAACCUAGAGUUAAACCAGCAGAACAAAUUGGGAGACACAGCUUUGCAUGCUGCUGCAUGGAAAGGUUAUGCAGAUAUUGUAGAGAUGCUGCUGGCAAAGGGGGCAAGAACAGAUCUGAAGAACAAUGAGAAGAAACUGGCUUUAGACAUGGCAACCAACGCAGCUUGUGCUUCACUGCUUAAGAAGAAACAGAGUGCAGGUACAGUCCGAACAUUAAGUAAUGCGGAAGAAUACCUUGAUGAUGAAGACUCUGAUUAGCUUUUUUCAUUCAGCCUGAAGAACCAUAACCUAUGCUGCCUAUUUCCAAAGCGUAUCUUUAAAACUGUAAAAUUAUCUUACUUAAA